AGUUAAACGGUUCCCCCCCCCCCCCCCAAUUUUCUACACAAAAAUAAAGAAAGGGAAAGCAUCAAGAAACUCAUGGAAAACUCUAUGUCUCACUCUCUUCAUCACUUCCAAGUCCACAAACUAAGGGCAAUAUCCAACAUAGCAUACAGCUUCCUCUAUUUCUUAGCUUUAACAAUCAUUAUCUACUAUAGAGGAACCUUUUUCUUUACUAAAAGAACUGAAACCAAAAUCUACAUUGUCUCUUAUACACCAUGGCUUAUAAUUUUUGUGGCUGAGCUUCUAUACUCAUUCCUUUGGAUUAUCAAUCAACCUAUGCAGUGGCGUCCCAUUACUCGAACCGUCUUCCCUGAAAACCUUCCCAAGAAUGAAGAACUACCUGGAAUCGACGUGCUGAUAUGCACUGCUGAUCCUAAUAGGGAACCAACUUUUGAAGUUAUGAACACUGUUGUGUCUGCUAUGACCUUGGAUUAUCCUGCUGAUAAACUAAGUGUUUAUUUGUCUGAUGAUGGUGGCGCUUUCGUUACUUUGAAUGCUAUCAAAGAAGCUUGGGUGUUUGCAACUUGGUGGUUGCCCUUUUGUAGGAGGUAUAAUGUUAAGACCAUAUGUCCCCUAGCUUACUUUCAGAACCCUCAGUCUCAGGAGGAUUGUCAGUCAGAGGAUGACUUCAUUCACCACAGGAACAUAGUUCAGGAGAAAUAUGAGGCUUUCAAGCAACGAGUACAACUCAAGAAGGAAAGAGGCCGCAAAUUUGAUAAUAAGACAACUUCUCGUGAUCAUCCACCACUUAUCCAGGUGAUAGAUGAGAAUUCUUUAGAAGAAGAUGCUUCAACCUUAAUGAACCUAGAAUCAGGAGAAAUGCCUCUUCUCGUAUACGUUGCUCGUGAGAAAAGACCUUCUCAUCCACAUAACUUUAAGGCCGGAGCUGUUAAUACACUACUGAGGGUUUCUAGCAUAUUGAGCAACUCCCCUUACAUACUACUCCUUGAUUGUGACAUGUACUGCAAUGAUCCGAUGUCAGCUAGAAGAGCUAUGUGCUUUUACCUGGAUCCUAAGAUUUCCCCAUCAUUAGGAUGGGUUCAAUAUCCUCAAAAGUUUCAUAACAUUAGUGAGACUGACAUUUAUAACAGUCAGAUGAGAGAAAUAUGGUCGGGUUAUUGGGAAGGGGCAGAUGGACUUCAGGGACCAACUAUAAGUGGUACAAAUUUUUACCUUAGGAGGAAGGCCUUGUAUGACAUAAACAUUGAUGCUAGUAUGAAUCUAAAGGAACUAAAAGAAUCUUUAGGCCCUUCCAAUGAAUUGAUCAAGUCUCUCAGUCAAAAUGACAAGCCUAAUGUUAUAAAGGGAGGAGAAAAAUCCUCUGUUUUGCUACAAGAAGCCCACUUCUUAGCAUCUUGCCCCUAUGAAGAAGGCACAGGAUGGGGUCAAAAGGUUGGUUUUCAGUAUGGUAGUAUUGUGGAAGAUGUUAAGACAAGUAUUAUUUUGCAAAGCAAAGGAUGGAGAUCAGUUUACUUGAAUCCAUCCAGACCACAAUUCCUAGGUUCUGCAACUACUACCCUCAAUGACAUGUUGCUUCAAGGUAUCAGGUGGUACGGAGGUUUAGCUGAUAUUGGUUUAUCCAAGUAUUGCCCCCUUAUUUACAAACCAUCAAGAAUGCAUAUCCUUCAGAAAAUGUACAAAUCUUGGAUUGCUUUCAUUGGUUUCGACUUUUUACCAGUGUUGUGUUUCGCUAUCAUUCCUCCCAUAUGUUUCACCUAUGGCAUCCCCUUGUACCCUAAGCUCUCAGAUCCCUUCUUCAUUGUAUUCGCAUUUGUUUUUACAUCAUCCCAAUUGAAGUAUCUAAGCGACAUUGUUAUUAUUGGCGGAGGAUCGAUACAGGCAUGGUUAAAUGCUCAAAGGAUUUGGAUGGUUAAAUGCCUCACAUGCUAUGCUUAUGGAACUCUUGAUUGUGUCAUGACAAAACUCGGUUUUAGAGAGGCUACAUUCACACCUACUAAUAAGGCCGGAGAUGAUGAUACUACUAAUUGGUAUCAACUCGGAAAAUAUGACUUCAGAACAUCUAACAUGUUUGUUGUUCCUAUAGUAACCACGGCUAUCUUAAACUUGUGUUGCUUUGUUGGUGGAGUUGCAAGAUUGAUUGUUGCAAGAAAUUGGGAUGCCAUGUUUGCUCAAAUGUUGUUUUCAAUCUACUUGUUGGUUAUGAGUAUGCCAGUGUUUGAGAGCAUUUUGCUAAGGAAAGACGAUGCACGUAUUGCACCAUCAGCUACUAAGAUAUCUACUUGUUUAUCUCUUGUCUUUUUGAUCUUAGGGUAUUUCAUCCUUAGUUUCCAUUAAUCAAUUCUUGUUCUCUUUUCCUGUUGCAUGUGAAUUGUGAUGCAUUGCAAAUAAUAUAAUGUGUAAAACUGUAAGAUAGUAGUAGUAUAUCACUAUAUUGUACUCCUCAUUUGGACUUUUUGUUUCUAUGUUCAAGAAAAAAACAUGGUCUUAAAUAAAUAAAGAAUUAUUGCGCGCGAAAA